GCCGCUCGUGGGGCCUGCUGAGGAGCCGGCUGGGCCCGGCUAAAAGCAUGGGCGUGAGAAUGGAGAACAGCAGCUGGAGCAGCAGCAGGAGGAGCCCAGUGAUCGAGUACCAAGCCAUUCCUAGGCACGGACCUGCAAGCCCAUUCAAAGGACAUUUAAGUACUAAAAGUAAUGCUUUCUGCAUUGACUCCUCCUCCCGCAGACUAAGUAACCAGUACCUGAUCAGGGAUCACAUGGCUGUUCACUACAAUAAAAUCCUUUCAGCCAAAGCUGCUGUAGACUGUUCGGUACCCAAAAGCAGGCUAAACAGCAUACAACUGUCAGAUCAGCAUCGAAGAGAGAAGCUCAAGAAGGAAAUAGAAAAGUGUGAGAAGGAAAUGAGCACAUCCAAAAAUGUGUCCCGAUCCAGUUCUAGGGAGAGUAGACGACCACUGUCAGCCACUUAUAGAAAGCACCAGGAUUCAUUGGAAGCAGGAAGCAAUAUAGAGCUCUCCUCCUAUGCACCAAAUGAACAGAAGCAUGUGUCAGGUUCCUUGUCAUCUCCAGAGAAGCAGAUCUCAGACUUCCCCGAUACUGAAAAAUACCCUAGGAAAGCUGCUCAGAAAGCCUCCAACAUCUCAGUCUCACGCUCAAGUAUCAGCACAACAAGUCUGCACAGAUUUCACUCCAGAGUUUCCUGUAGUUCUUCUGACGGCAUUGUGAACUGUUAUCCCCGUAAGGCACAAAAGGCGGAAUCCAAAGUACAAAGUGGGGAUCUUCUUGAGAAACACUCGGAACAUUUUACCAAUGGCCAGCAGCCAUUCACGCCACGCACUUUAAAAUCAGACGCCAAAUCCUUCCUAUCGCAGUACAGAUAUUAUACUCCAGCAAAACGGAAAAGCAAAGAAAUUCCAGUACAGCAUGUGGAAGCAGAAACACAGACUGACAUAAGCGGUUUUCAACUUGAAUCUGAAGAAUUUGUAAAAAGGGAUGUAGCUGACUUUCAGAAGAUCAUAAAGGAGGUGGAAGACUCAGUAUCUGCUAUGGCAGAUAAGUGUGGUGAAAGGAAGGCUCCUUCUCAGUUCUCCUCACCAAGGGUGACUUCUCCAUGUUCUGGGCAGUCCCCAAUGAUGAGAAAAAUUCAGGCUGAAGAAGAAGAACUUCUGUAUUUAAGUUUCAUCCAGGACAUAACAGAUGAGAUCCUGAAACUUGGAUUGUUUUCAAACAGGGCUUUGGAACGGUUGUUUGAGCGUCACAUAGAACAAAACAAGAAUCAUCUCAAUGAGACCAAAAUGCGCCACCUGUUGGAGAUUCUGAAGGAGGACCUGGGUUGCAAAGAAGAGAGAAAGGAAGGGUUUGACUCAUUGGGUCGAGUUCAGAACGAACCAGCAGAGUACCUCCAACUCCCUGACAAACCUCAAACGGAAAAAAGCAAGGAACUUUCAAAGGCAAUGGAUUUAAUAGCAAGUGCGGCAGCUAUAUCAAGACCUCCUGUAUGCAGCGAUGCAUUCCACAAGGUGGAGGGCACAGAUGAAUUUUCCAAAGAUCUAAAUGGUUUGUUGAAUGCUGGCCUGUACCCACCCUCUUGCCCAGUGCUUGAAGAAAACCCGAUCACCUCGUCCACCCUGCCGCCUACACUAAGUUCAACCACCUGCGAUGCCGACUUUGAAACAAGUGAGUCUUUGCAGGAACUUGACGAGCUCCAAGAAAGCAUGGCAGAAUCCCUUCACAUUACCACUGACAACGCAGAAUAGCCAACAACUAGCAGCAAAGCACCAAGAAACCAGCAGCGUAGACAUCUUGAAUGUUGCUCAUUCAAUAAAAUGCUAGUGAACCAUU